AUUAAGCACUCAAGUUCACUGUUUUGUUCUUUUCUCUGCAACCCUCUUUCUUCCUUCCAACUCUCUCUUGUGUCCAAAAUUAGUUAGACUUUUCUUCUUUUUUUUCUCUCUUUUUGAGCAGAAACUUAGAUUCAAUGGCUCAAAUUACUCUUAUUUCUACAGCAAUUAUCACAACUAUUACUGGUAAGGGGAAACAACAAAGUGAAUUAUUAUCUACUAUAACUACAAGGUAUAAAUUGAGUUCACUGAAUUGGAAGAUUCAAAGGCUUUCAUGGUUUGAUUUCAAAACUACUUCAUCAAAUUAUUAUUCAUAUUCAUAUGGUAAUAAUAAUACAAGUGCUGUGGUUAAGGUUUCUGAAGGAAGUGCCAUCUCUCUCCCUCAUGAUUGCCCACUCGAAAAGGUUUCUGAAGAUCAAAAAGGUUCAAAAAUGAAGGGUUCAAGCCGUUUCUUCACAAUAGGUCUUGUAGCAUCGUGGUACUCUUCCAACAUUGGAGUGUUGUUGUUGAACAAGUAUUUGCUCAGCAAUUAUGGGUUUAAAUACCCUAUUUUUCUCACCAUGUGUCACAUGACUGCUUGUUCUUUGUUUAGCUAUGUUGCUAUUGCAUGGAUGAAGGUUGUUCCUAUGCAAACGAUUCGAUCCAGGGUUCAGUUUUUCAAGAUCUCUGCUUUAAGUCUUAUUUUCUGUGUUUCUGUUGUGUUUGGGAACAUUUCUCUACGUUAUCUACCUGUCUCUUUCAAUCAGGCUAUUGGUGCAACAACACCUUUCUUUACUGCAAUUUUUGCUUACAUUAUGACAUUUAAGAGAGAGGCUUGGCUUACCUAUCUUACCCUUGUUCCUGUUGUUACUGGUGUUGUCAUUGCUAGCGGGGGUGAACCGAGUUUUCAUUUAUUUGGAUUCAUCGUAUGUGUUGCUGCUACAGCUGCAAGAGCCCUAAAAUCAGUGCUACAAGGAAUUUUGCUUUCUUCUGAAGGAGAGAAGCUGAAUUCAAUGAACCUCCUCCUUUACAUGGCUCCGAUGGCUGUGGUUUUCCUUCUUCCCGCCACACUUAUAAUGGAAGAAAAUGUGGUUGGUAUCACAUUGGCUCUCGCCCGAGAUGAUGUCAAGAUAAUUUGGUAUCUGCUAUUUAACUCGGCUCUUGCCUAUUUUGUCAACCUGACCAACUUUUUGGUCACAAAACACACCAGUGCUCUGACCCUUCAGGUACUAGGGAAUGCUAAAGGUGCCGUAGCUGUAGUAGUUUCAAUCCUAAUAUUUAGAAACCCAGUUUCAGUCACUGGAAUGAUGGGUUACGCACUCACAGUCUUUGGAGUAAUACUUUACAGUGAAGCUAAAAAGCGAACCAAGUGAUAUAUAUAGAUCAUCAUUCUUGGGAAUUCAGCACUCAACUUACAAUAUUUUGUUUUAGUUACUGCACAGACAACCUCACUUCCAUGAGGUGAAUUUGUUUAGAAUGCUAGUGAUUGGAAUCUGAAGUUUUACUCUCAUAUACAAUUUUUUUGUCCCCACACAGAAAGCCUCAUUGAAUGGAUUCCUCUUUGAGUUAUAGCAAUGUUGCAAAAAUUGCCCACAGUACAAAAGUUGCAAUAAGUGACUCAUAAUUUUCUACUUACCAAUGUCAAGAUAAUUGAGCAAUGUCUUUUUAUCAUAUAUUCUUUGAGGGAAAGAGUUGUAAAAUUGGAUAUCUACUCAUAUUUGUCAACUCUACUUAUGUUUUUUUUUAUAUAUAGAAACCCUGCUUAUAUUUGUUUAUUAA